AACUUCAAAAGGAGAAAGUGUAAAAAAGUCGGUGGGUUUCUAUGAACAAGAAUGUCAAUACUUCGAGUGUUCAAUUACGAAUUCAUGAUCAUCUUUCUAAAUGGCAGAAGAUUUCGAUUUCUCAUCCCAAAACCGCCGUUUUCGAAUUUCAAACACAAAACUCAUCGGAUGAGAAUGAAAAAAACAGAAAAAAGAAAAAGGAAAGUCAAUAAGAAUCUCAAAUCGCGAUAAUGGGUCCUACUCUGCUCCACCACGGCAGCGAAAUCUCGACUGUUCUCGAAACUGAUAGCUAUGGCAGCAGUUGGACACAUCAAAAUUUCUUAUAACAAACGUGUUACACCAAGUUUUCGCCGUCGACGAACAGAAUUAGAACUUGGAGUAUGAGCGAUAGCGUAAAGGGGAAUUGGAUUUGAUCUUUAUCUGAACUUGAAUCAGCAAUCCUCUGCAAUGGUUACCCAUUUGAUUCCAGAUUCUCGGAGGCCCAUAUCGUUAUUUCUGUUCAUAUGAUUCUCCAAUACUUAUCAAUGGGCCAGAUUUUGAGUGGUUUUCAUCACAAUUUGAAAUAUGAGGCCCCGAGUGUGGUUGCCAAGGUCACAAGCACACUAACUGUUUGUAGAAAUGUCAGGUAUUUUUCUUUUUUCUACAUGUGGAAACUACAGAUUAAAAUAUUUGAUUUAACAUUCUGAGCUUAGUAGCUUGGAGGUUUUUUUUUUUUAACAUUUCAAUGUGUAUUAUUCAGUGCUUACAUUACAUUAAUCUGUAGUUUCCUCUUUGUCUAGCUUGAGAUGCUGAUUCGUCAUAUGAUCUAUGCCGUCUCUCUUUUCUAGGCAUUUUUCUCCUCCACGUGCAUUCUGAGCUUACCUACUUUCCAUUUUGCUUCUUUACUAUAACACCAUCUUUCAACACUGAAAACAGCUCAAGCAAAGACAUAGAAACUUUACUUACUUAUGCUUAUUUCUUUUUACUCUAUUAAGGCUAAAGAAUGAGCAAAUUCCAAAAUCUCACUUGAAGGUUACCCAGAUGCCUAUUCUUUGCAAACUAGUCUUAUACAGGUUUGGGCAUGCCAGGUACAGGCUUUUCUUACAGCCGUCUUUACAUUAUUAAUGGAAAAAUUGAGUCUUUUUAAAAAAAAAAAAUAUUUUGACCCCUUUUAUCAGUCUCUCUCAUAAAAGAAUGCUAUUGCCUCGAGUCGUGAAAAGGCUCGUUUUUUCACUCAAAGUCUGUGACAAUAAUGACUCUCUUUCUGGCCUCAUUAUCACUUGUAUCAUUAAAAACUCUGCAACCCACAACUUGAUAAUACAUACAUUUAUGUGCUGUAGUUUUACUUACAGAGCGGCUUUCUUUUUGUGGGCUGUAAUUAUCUUUGUCAGCCUUUCUUAUUACUUCUCUGUCACCACACAUGUAAGAGCAUUCAUACCCAACAUCAAUUGCCUCUUUAGUUUGUCAUUUGCUUUUACAGUUACUAUUUUUCUCAAUUCUCUUCUUCUACCUGGCUUACUAAUAUUUCUGCUGUUAUUGCCAUUCUUUGUUGCUUUAUUUCUCUUCUGUGCUCUGUCUUUUGGUGAUUGGCAACUGGGUUUCUAUCAGUGUCGGGUUUCCUGAGAAGAGAGUCAAGCAAUGGCUGCUCGGUCGGUUUACUCUUCAUCAGUGUCUUCGCUACCACCCCCGAGUCCAAAAUCUCCGCCUGAGUACCCUGAUUUGUAUGGGAAGCGUCGAGAGAUAGCUAAUAUUCAGACGCUUGAAAGAGAAAUUGGCUUUCUUGAGGACGAACUAAAAUCCCUUCAAAGUCUUCAACCCGUCUCAAUAUGCUGCAAAGAGAUUAACGACUUUGUAACAGCAAAUUCAGAUCCAUUGACGUCUACUUGCAGGGUGAAACAACAGCGAUGUCGCAUCUGGAAAUGGUUAUGUGGGUUUCCUUGCUUUAAUUUGUCGUGGCUAUGCUGCUGCUCUUGCACCGAGUGCUCUGUCUACCUAGAGAUGCCUCGCUGCUGUGGUUGCAAACCAUGUAAAUUCCCAUCAUGUUUAAGGUGUUGUAGUAUGCCAAAGUGUAGUUUCUUCUCUUGUCCCACUUUGUCCUGCUGUAGAAACUUCUCGUGCCGUAGAUUGUGUUGUUUUUUAUCAUUACCUUCAAUCUCAUGCCCCCACUGUUGCAGUUGCUGCGAAUGCAAAUGCAGCUGUAACUGCUCUUUUCCAAAAUGUUCACAGGUACCUUCUUGUCGUCUUUGUACAAAGUCUUGUUGUAACCCUUGCUCUUUAUGUUGUUGCUUUUAGUUCAGCAACACCAUUCCAUAAAGUUAUUUUGAUCUUCUAUAUGAAAAAAUCAAUGUACAUUAUGAUGAAUAUCUUCUACUUUUUAUUAA